CCGAGAUGGAAGGUGGCUGACAGGUUAGCUUGUAGUCAAAGACAUGCGAGCACACGCGUUUAAUGUGGUUUUAAUACUCAACAAUAAAUCCAAGUAAUAAAAGACACUUUGGGCACUAACAAAGAGAAAGGCUCCCGUUGUGGGACCCUGGUGAACUCAGCAAGAAUGCGGCUGCUGGAUUGACGAGCGAUGCCAGCAACAACUGUUAGCAUCCGCUAGUAAUUCUGGAGGCAGUCUCGAUGUGGAGAAGCAGCGAUGACGCUCCCUGCCGAGUGAGCCGAUAACGGUACACUUUUUGACGGCUGGGAAAGGUGGUGCCACAAUGUACACGAGUCCUAAACGUCCCGUCAGGUCCGGUUGCAACACGAGCUCCAGCGUCCCGGAGCUGCUGACCGCCCUGUGUGACAGCAGCCUGGCCGGGGUGUCGUGGAAGCGUCGGGCCCUGGGCGGCGUCUCAAGGGAAGGCUUCCGUAGAGCUCUGAAGAAGCGAGCCUAUGGCGCUCUGUUGGCCCAGCUUUUCCAGGACAGCGCUAAAGCACCCGCCACAUCGGUGUCCACGCCGAGGCCGCCUCCGAGGAACAGAGUCCUGAUGAUCUGCUUUGACCUGAGGGUGGCGGGCUGCCGGGAGGAGGCCGAAAAGCUGGAGGAGCUGCUAGAAAAGCUUCCAGACGGGGCCUCCUCCGGCCUGAGUGAAGUGGAUUCCGUCCUCGAGCUCCUGGUCCACCUUGCUGGCACCUCGCCCCCGCCGCCGCCCUCCUUCAGCCGGGACUACAUGAGGCGCGAGAGGCCCGUGCUGCGCAGGCCCGAACCCUGGCCCUACCAGAGCGAGGAGCUGCAGAGGCUGGAGGCCCACGCCUGGGCGCUCGUGUGCGGCGAGGAAUGGGCGUCCUUGGAGCGCUUGUGCGAAACUCGGAGCUUGAUGGAAGCUCAGCCUCGAACAGGCUUGUUGGCUCUCAGGACUAAAAUGGACAUUGAGGAAAAAUUUGAGAAGGAGACCAGGCUGUCUUUGUUUGGAGCCUUGCAGCACACUCGAACCUCAGACCUGGACAUCAGACUGGACCUUCCCCCUGUUCCCAGCAACGUAGAUGUGACCGGGUUCCCUAUAAGGAUUCCGCCAUGUUUGGAUCAGUCCGACGACGAAGGCUUCCAGUCCGCAUCCAACAUGACACCGGACUCUCAGUCGGAACCCAGCCCCGGUCCGGAGUUGGACGUGUGGGAGGCUCUGCGCACGUUCGAGCCCGGAGUCCGCUGCUGCUGGGAGUCCGUUGGCUGGCCGCCAGGCAGGAGGGAGUCUCUGUACUUGAGCGAGAGCGGCAGAGAGGGCUUCGACCAGCUCUAUCGCCUGUGGGAGGGCGAGAUGAGGGUGGUCAGCGCCAGUGUGCCUUCCCCGCUCAUCCCGCUGCCCGUCGACUCUCAGGAGCAACUCGUGGGCGACCUCCUGAAUGUGCUGAUUGGUGUGGCCUCCACCACCUUCCCUCUCAACCAGAGUGUACAGUUCGACGUCCGCCCCGGCGUGUGCGUGUCAGGAGCUUCCCCGGAAAGCGUUUCCCGUCUUCUGGGCGAGCUGGCCCAGUACGGGACGCACUACUUGCGGCUCAGUCGCUUCUCCCUGCAGAGCCCGGAAAAAAAGGGUCUGGUCUUCCAGGCAUUCACGGGGGGUCUGAGGAAGUACUUGCAUUACUACCGAGCGUGCGUCCUCAGCACGCCUCCCAGACUCAGCCUGCUGACCGUCUGCUUCCUCUUCCGCAAAGUUGGCCAACAGCUCAGGUAUCUGUCAGAACUGUGCCGCGUGGACGGGCCUCUGGGUGGCGACCGGGCCGCUUUCCCUGUGGGCGUAAAGCUGCUCUCUUACCUCUACAAUGAAGCCCAGAACAACUGCAGCAACGAGAACUACCCGGUGCUGCUGUCCCUCCUCAAGAGCAGCUGCGAGCCCUACACCAGGUUUGUGUCCGACUGGGUUUACAGUGGCGUGUUUCGAGAUGUUUACGGCGAGUUCAUGAUCCAGGUCAAUGAAGAGUACCUUGGCUUCAGAGACAAACACUUCUGGGUCCAAGGGUAUACUUUGAUCUCUAAAGAUGUGGAGGAGUGCGUGCCCGUCUUCCUGAGGCACAUCGCCAAUGACGUGUACGUCUGCGGGAAGACGAUCAACCUCUUGAAAAUAUGCUGCCCGCAGCACUACAUCUGCUUGUCGGAGCUUCCAGUGCCGCGCAUCGCCGUCACCUUCUCCCUGCAGGAGGUGGAGGCAAUCGAGAGGGACUGCGCCGUGUACCGCGGCCGCAUGGAGAGAAUCGCCAAGCACAGCGCCGUCAGCCGGGAGGUGCAGGCCCAGCGAGCGGAGGAGGCGCGCCAGGAGCUGAUCAAUCAGGUCAGAGCGUCGGCAGCCAAAACCUUGGAGAGCAUUCGCGGGCGCCAGGUGUCGCAGCGUCUGGCGGAGGAGGCAAGAAAGAGGGAGCACUUUGAGGAGCUCAAGCAGCAUCUGGAACAAGAGCAGGAGUGGCGCAGAGUGGCCAAGAAAAAGCAGGACGACGACGACUUCAGCUUUGGAAGAGAGCUGAGGGACCGGGAGAAGAGACUUCAAGCUCUGGAGGAGCAGCUGGAACAGAGAGCCAGGAAGGAGCUGAUCGCCCAGUACAGCCACUUGUCAGAGGAGGCGGCCCGGAAGGAGCGGCGGGCCUUGUGGGCGGCGCAGAGGACGACACUGGACGAGGCUCGAGCCAACUUUUUCGCCCAAGAUCGGCAGCGGUUGCAGCGCUGGGAUGCAUUUGCAGCCAAAUGUCAUGUGACUUCUGACCAGGCCGUGUUGGAGAAGUAUCCUUUGGGCCAGGAGAGACCUCCAGCUUCACCACCUCACCACCUGCUAGCAAUGGAACGACCCGCAGAGCAGUUUCUGGAAACGACACCAGAGGCAGCUAAAGAAUCGGAACCGUCUCUUACAGUUGACUCAGCCGCCUUCAUGUCCGGCGACUUCAUCCCGGAGUUGCCACACCCAGACAACAUCCAGGAGGGCGACGCAGCCUUGACGGAGACGGGCACAGAUGUCCUUGAGUCGUGUCCCACAGCACAGCUGAUAGACUACGACUUCAGCGCCCCCUUCAGUCCUCUGGAAGGAAUCACCGGGCAGCGAUCCCCAGCCGCGCUCAAACCUCCUUGUAACUCAGUCCCACUGCAGCCCGUCGUGAUCCGCAACCAUCCGUCCUUUUCCCACUUCCCCGUGGGGGAGAACGUGCCUCUGGUCCACGACAGCCCCCCCGCGGCCAGCCCCUUUGGCCAUGUUUCCAAAUCCAGCUUUUCCCUUGGACAGUACACCCCCGAGGAGCCCCAAUAUGCAUCCCGAGUUAAUGGGCUCCCUUCUCAGGAUGCUACGCUGCUCGGACAAGGUGACACUUCUGUUCUUGUAGAGCAAGACAAAGUUGUGGAACCACGGGAAGAUCCGGCUGGAAAAGAAGACGACGAUGCCCGGACGCGAGAAAAAUUUGCCAGUGAUUCUAACAGUAACGGGGUUUGCUCUUUAGAGGGUCUUUUAAAUCUGUCCACCGCUCGUUUAUCAGAGUCUCCAAUGGCACAUACUUCAGAUUCACACAUCAAGAUUGGCGAUAAUGUCUCCGAUGUCAAAGUCCCUCAGCCUUCCCCGAAUAUUCACGGCCACUCCUCGCACGCCCACAUCAAAGUUGGGGAGAACGUGUCCAACUUCGUCCAUUCGCACCCGGUCCGAAACGUCCACGGCCACGCUUCCGACGCCCACAUCAAAAUCGGGGAGAACGUCUCCGAAGUCUUCUCGCCACUGCCGUCGCCCAGCGUCCACGGUCACGCCUCGGACGCCCACAUCAAAGUGGGCGAGCACGUUGCGGACGUCUUCUCUCCGACGCCCACGCCCGGCUCCCACGGGCACUCGUCCGACGCCAACAUCAAAGUGGGCGAGUUUGUCUCUAACGUGUCUGAAGGCAGACCCCGAUGGAGCAAGCACGGCCACGCCUCCGACUGCACCCUUCAGGUAGGCUGCGUGGUGCCCAGCUCCACGCCGUUGCCCGGAAGCGGGCACGGCCGGGUCUCUGAGUCCAGCUUGGGAAGCGGCUGCACGGUCUCUCAGAGCAACGGGCUUCCGUCAUCGCUGCCGGGCGGCCAAUACGGGCACUCCUCGGACUCCGCGCUGGGAGCGGGGUGCGUGGUGUUGGGCGAGUGCAGCAACUCGUCGCCUUCUCUGUCGGGAGCCGCGAAAGUGCAUCUUGACAGUGAUGCCAAAGCUGUGGAGUCUGGGACGCAGGAGCAGCGGGAGGGCGGCGGCAGCUUUGACUCCUCCCCCCGAGAGAAGUCCGAACACGAAUAUCUCCUGGCCUUGUCCGCUCAGUACCAGGUGGAGCGCUACAAAGACUGCUACAGCUUCAUGGAGUCGUCCCCCGAGUGUCAGCUGCUCAAGCACGUCGCCCGGGGCCCCCGCAUCCUCCCCGCCGAGCCGGCCCUGCGCCCCGCCGCCGACGCCACGUCCUUGCAGCUCAGCGAGAUGGUCUCCCUGCCGGUUCUGAUCAAGCACUCGGUCACCACCCCGCUCAUCACGCACGUGUCGCUGGUGAAUAAGGCCGUGGUGGACUACUUCUUUGUGGAGUUGGGGGUGGAGCGGCACUUUGAGGCGCUGCGCCACUUCCUGCUGAUGGAGGACGGCGAGUUUGCGCAGUCGCUCAGCGACCGGCUGUUUGAAAAGCUGGGCAGCGGGCAGACCCCCGGGGAGCUGCUCACCCCUCUUGUGCUCAACUCCAUCCUCAGCAAGGCGCUGCAGUACAGCCUGCACGGCGACACGCCGCUCGCCGCCAACUUCACUUUUGCGCUGCGCUUCCUGCCGGACACUUUCCACCCGCACGCGCCCGAUUCCCUCAACUGCCUGGAGCUGCGUUACAAGGUGGACUGGCCACUGAACAUCAUCAUCACCGACAGCUGCAUGAACAAGUACAACCGGCUGUUCUCCUUCCAGCUUCAGCUCAAACACAUGGUGUGGAGCCUGCGCGACGUCUGGUUCCACCUUAAGCGGACGGCGCUGGUGAAAGGCGCAGGGCGGUCGGUGCAAUUCCGCCAGCUGCAGCUGUACCGGCACGAGAUGCAGCACUUCGUCAAGGUCAUCCAAGGCUACAUCGCCAACCAGAUCCUGCAGGUGUCGUGGAGCGAGUUCACCGCCAAGAUGGCCGCCGCGUGCGACCUGGACGCCACCCACCGCAUGCACGCCGACUACCUCAACAGGGCCAUCUUCAGGGCCUUGCUGACGGAGAAGGCGGCUCCGGUGAUGAACAUCAUCCACAGCAUCUUCAGCCUGAUCCUGAAGUUCCGGGCGCAGCUGAUCGCGCUGCCCUGGGCCAGCCAGCAGGGGGAGGCGGUGCACCCCAGCUUCAUCGCCAUGCAGCAGUCGUACAACACGUUCAAGUACUACUCGCAUUUCCUCUUCAAAGUGGUGACCAAGCUGGUGAACCGAGGCUACCAGCCCCAUUUGGAAGACUUCCUGCUGCGGAUUAACUUCAACAACUACUACAAAGACUCUUGAACGGGCGUGGUCAGUAUUACGCAGUACACUCCUCUACUUG